AUGUCGUUUUCCAUACCCCAACGCUGCGCCCGCCAGCUUCUCCGCGAGCCCUUCCAGCGCGGCUCCUUGCCCAUCUUCCUCGCACCCGCAUUCUCCCCUCGCACACAAUGCUUCUCGACGACAACCCCAGCGCAGUCCCGAGUCGGAGGCGCCGCAAUCUCCAUCCCCCCGGAGGUGUCAUUUAACCUCGUUGAUCUUCCUGCAGGCCUAAGCCGAACACGAGGAAAGGAUAUUCCCAAGUUUGCCGCCGAGAUCAAGGGCCCCAAGGGCGAGAUGACCCUGAACAUUCCCUCGUUCGUUACCAUCACCCGCGAUGAGGCUGGCCAGAAGGCUACUUUGGCAGUCCAAGAUCAGAGUGUCCCUCACCAGCGUGCUAUGUGGGGAACCAUCCGCGCGCUCCUACAGAACCACAUCCUCGGCGUUUCAGAAGGCCAUGUCUGUAUUUUGAGUAUGGUUGGUGUUGGUUACAGGGCGACAGUUGAAGACAAGGCAACCACCGUCGAACCCACCUACCCCGGUCAGAAGUUCAUCUCUCUCAAGGUCGGCUUCUCCCACCCGAUUGAACUCGGUAUCCCCAAGGGCGUCCAGGCUAGCACACCGCAACCCACCAGAAUCUUGCUGGAGGGUGUCGACAAACGGAUUGUGACCCAGUUCGCGGCCGAGAUCAGAGAAUGGAGACGCCCUGAGCCGUACAAGGGCAAGGGUAUCUUUGUCAAUGGGGAGACUAUCAAGCUCAAGGCGAAGAAGAUCAAAUAG